UAAAAUGAAGUGGACACUGAUUAUAGUGGCUCUUUGCAUGUAUACAUUGCAUGCAAAUUCAGAUCUUGAUACUGUCAAACAACUGUUGACAGAUUUGAAAACCAAUGUAUAAUUAGAUAUAGAGGCCUUGGAUGCAGCCUGGGAAUUACAUAAGAAAAACAAGCAAUCAAUAAUCGAUGCCUUGGGUUUCUCAGCAUCAGAGUAAAGAAGUGAAUGUGCAAAAAAAGACGAAGAUGUUUAAAGCAAAUAGAGGGAUAUCAAAAUAACUAAUGAUUUUGUAGCUUGGAUGUAAAAAAGAUAGGGAUUGAAUUCUCAAAGAUUAGGUGUUUUGGAAGUUAACAGGUAUGUACAUCAUCUAUCAAUAGAUGUUAAGCAAGCAACAAUUACGUACAUGACAUCAAGAAUUACAAAAUUGCAUUGGCAUUAGUCAAAUUCUUGAGAGAAUAAUUAGACAAACUUGAUUCCAAUGCAACACCUGCCUAAAAACAAGAAUUUUUAUAAAAAGUACACAAAUUCGUGUAAAUCUAUCAAACAGGCAAGCUCUUAACCAUGGUUGAAUAAAUUUAAAUGAAUGAUGAUGGUUCCUAUGUAUUACCAAACAUCGAAGGGGAAGAAUAAGAUCUCACUGAAUCAGCACUUACUCAAAGAAGAGGAAAAAGAAAUGCCAACAAAGUGCUCCUUCAAUAAUAAUAGACUACUGUUAUUUCCUCUGGGGAUGGUGAUGAUAAGGCUGAUAGUGCAGUGGUCCUUAUUCCUAGUCAAUGUGAUGAUUCUAUUAACACUGUUAUCGUUGUUUAAAAUGAUGAUGGCACAGGUGGUGAUGAUGAUUUACACAUUAAAUUCACUAAUGGAGGAGGCUCAGGAACUCAAGGAGGAUCCUCUAAACCCAAGCCAUAACCGAAACCAUAACCAAAAAAAGAAGAAGAGAAGCCAGAAGAAGAGGCUGAAGAUGAGGAAGCUUCUGAAGAAGAUGAUGGAUAACAUUCUGAUGAACCUGCAGGAGAGGAAGAAUCUAAUGAUGAUGAUAAAACAGAUGACCAACCAACUAAUACAACUGGUGAAGAAGGUACCCAUGAUGAUGGAGAUAAUAAUGGAGAUAAUAAUGGAGAUGGUAAUGGAGAUGGUAAUGGAGAUAAUAAUGGUGAUGAUAAAAAGAGUGGAGAUGAUAAAUAAUCCAAUAAAGACGAUGGCGGUGAAAAAUAAGGUGAAGAAGAGGAAGAUUUAAGUGUAUAAUCAUAAUUUUAAUAUACUCUAGGAUAUCAGAAAAGUCUUAGAUGCAAUUGAAAGGCAUUCCAAAAAGUCAUUAGAUUUAGAAUAAGAAGAUGAAGUCAGAAGUUCCAUGAUCUACAUUGACUUUAAAUUGCACAUUGAAUUAGAAAAUCAAUACUUUGAUAAAUAAAUUGCUGGAGAAAAAGAAAACCUAGUACUCUUAUUUAUCAUAUUAGAUCAAACUCACAAAUCAAUUAACUAGUAGAGUUGGAAUUGCUAGACAAUGUAAUGCAAGACUUAAGCAAAUCGAUAUCGCUUAUUAAGUUAGCUAAGAUGUAAUGAUUGAAUACUUAUUCUUAGGAUUACAAUGAUUCAUAUUAACAUUACUUGGAACUUAGAAAGCAAAAGGAGGAAGAACUUGCAACCUUUGAUGACAUAUAUAGAAUUUAUACCACUUAGGUUGUUUGAAUUUCACAC